GGGGAGUUGUAUAUUAUUCAUGGCUAGCCAGCAGACCCAUGUUUGGUUGAUUGAACAAGUUUUGAGUUUGGCUCGUAGAAAACAAAACCUCUAAUUGUUUAUGGAUAAAUACUCAUACAUAUCGUGUUUUUUUUAAUGAUUAUAUAAUUUUUUUUUGGUUCCGUCAUCUCCAAUGAGAACUCAACUUCUUCUUCUCCGUCCCACCCUUUAACAUCAAUCAUCAAUUGCCCAUUGCGUUUUGACAAUAAACAUGGCGAUUUCUCCUCAAACAUUCUCAACCGGAAAACGACGACCAUCAGGGGGGUCGUUUAUCUCUCCGAAACUCACCGACGUCAACCUUCUUCACUCUUUGCUUCACCUUACGCACCGGAUAUGUUCUUUCAACCUCACCCACACCACACACUUGCUCCUCAGCCGCACUUCCUCCUCCACCAUCCGCAAAACGCAGCUCCUCGGUGUCGUUUUCGAAGACCUGUUUCGAUUUUCGAAUUCCAAUUCGAUUUCGACUUCGACUUCGACUUCGACUUCAGCUUCAACCUCUCUCUGCUCUCACUCUCUCUUCCUUUGCCUCGAGGAAAUGUACAUCUUGCUGCACAGGAUCAAAACCCUAAUUGAAGAUUGCUCCAACGGAAGCAAAUUCAGCUUACUCAUGCAAAUCGAAACCAUCGCCGACACCUUUCACAAGCUCAACGGAGAACUAUCCACGCUUCUCGAUAUCUUCCCUCUCCAAGAGCUCGACCUAAACGAAGACGUUCGCGAACUGGUUCUCCUAAUCAGAAAACAGUGCUCCGAAUCCAAGCCGUCCAUCGGCAAGGAACAAACCGAUCUAAGAAACGACGUCGUUUCGGUUCUCGACCGGAUCAAGGACGAGAUUGUUCCCGAUCAGGCACACCUUUCUUCGAUCUUCGAGAAACUGGAGAUUCGCGAUGCUUCCAGUUGCAGAGCGGAGAUUAAGAACCUGGAGGAAGAGAUUCACAAUCGGAGCGAAGAGCAUUCGAAAGCGGAUAUCGUCGCGUUGAUCGGCCUCGUUCGUUACGCCAAGUGCGUUCUCUUCGGCGCAUCCACUCCCUCACCGCGAAACGAGACUCUCAGGCGGAAUCAGUCGUCGGAGUUAGCGGUUCCGGCGGAUUACCGGUGCCCGAUAAGCCUAGAACUGAUGCGAGACCCUGUCGUGGUGGCAACGGGACAAACGUACGAUCGUGCAUCAAUCAAGCUCUGGAUGGAUUCUGGACAUAACACAUGUCCCAAAACUGGUCAAACAUUAUCGCACACCGACCUUAUCCCCAAUCGUGCUCUAAGGAACAUGAUAGCAAUGUGGUGCCGUGAGCAGAGAAUCCCCUUCGAAGCAGAAACAGUUACCGGAAAACUCAACGGCGGCGUAACUAACAAGGCUGCGUUAGAAGCCACGCGAAUGACGGUGUCGUUUUUGGUCAACAAGCUCAAAGUUCCUUUGCCUCUUGAUCAGUCCAUGGGAGACACGAUCGGUGUCGUUUACGAGCUUCGGGUUCUGGCGAAAACAGAUUCGGAUAGCCGAGCCUGUAUCGCGGAAGCUGGAGCCAUCCCGCUUUUGGUUCGGUUCCUCAGCUUCGACGUGGGCAUUCACAGCCCAAGCCUCCAGGUUAACGCCGUCACGACGAUUUUGAACCUCUCGAUUCUCGAAGCGAACAAGACGAGGAUAAUGGAGACUGACGGCGCGUUAAACGGCGUUGCGGAGGUCUUACGUUCGGGUGCCACAUGGGAGGCGAAAGCCAACGCGGCGGCUGCGGUUUUCAGUUUAUCGGGUGUGCCAGCGUACAGGAAAAGGCUCGGGAGGAAAACACGUGUCGUGAGCGGGUUGGUUGAUUUGGCGAGGGGUGGGCCCGAGGGGGCGAAGAAGGACGCGUUGGCGGCGAUACUGAACCUUGCGGCGGAUAGAGAAACGGUGGCGAGGUUGGUGGAGGGAGGUGCGGUGCAGAUGACGGCGGAGGUGAUGGCGGCGAUGCCGGAGGAGGCGGUGACGAUUCUGGAGGCGGUGGUGAAGAGGGGAGGGUUGGUGGCGGUGGCGGCGGCUUACGGGAGCAUAAAGAAGUUGGGAACGGUGUUGAGGGAGGGGUCGGAGAGGGCGAGGGAGAGCGCUGCGGCGACGCUGGUGACGAUGUGUCGGAAGGGGGGUUCGGAGAUUGUGGCAGAGCUGGCGGCGAUUCCCGGCGUGGAGAGGGUGAUUUGGGAGUUGAUGGCGGUGGGAAGUGUGAGAGGGAGGAGGAAGGCGGCGACGCUGUUGAGGAUUUUGCGGCGGUGGGCGGCGGGGUUGGACGGCGGAGACACUGAAGGGUUCUCAACUACCAUGGUCAAUUCCUCAACUACUGUGGUUGUUCCAACUUCCACUUCUUUAGCACAGUAACAUUUCUCUAUUAUUAUUAAUCAAUUCCAAUUUGUAAAUGUCUCAAAAGUUGUUGCCCAUUGUUUUUUUCUUUCUUUGAUUGAUUUUGCCGUCCAUGUAAAAGGUAAUCUAUGGAGCAUUUUUAAUAUUUUUAAAGAAAAAUUUUUUGGGAUUCUUUCACCAGCUGGUGUUGAAUACUGUGGCAGUAUAUUCUUAAUGAGCUCUUUGUAAUAUAGCAUUGGAAAUUUGAGUACUGAACAACUUUCCAUUAUAUUUUGCACUUUUUAAUAUGGCGUAGGCAUUUUACGAAUCUUAUGAAAUGUGUUGAUACUUCGAUUUCUAUGUUUUAUUGGAAUGGGAUCUUUUCAUUUGAAUUCAAAACUCGUAAUCGUAAUAAAAGUUGCUAAUGCAGCAUAAGAGAUGCAAACAACAGGAGAGAGGGUUUUGGGGUAUAAGAAGAUGUUUGCAUGUGUGUGUGACAUGUUCCUGCGAUAAACUUGGAAUACUGUUGAAGUUGUUCUGGAACAUACUCAAUUUUCAACUCAAGUACCAUGUCGUGUGGCAUCAUCUGACGGAAAGUUUUAAGACAGUUAUGUCAAGAUCCAUGAUUUAGGCAUAAAGUCAACCAAAUGCAACUACUACUGAAGUCAACUGGAUAUUUUGCUUUUGUGUCUGGGCUAGCGGUGAAGCCCAACCUUUAAUGCCCAAUAUCUUCUUACCUCAGAACUUCAUGGGCCUUAAAUAGCGAAAUUCGGGCUUAUGUUUCACUUUCUCAUCCUGUCAUCCAAGGGCAACCCCUGCGUGUUGUACAAGUGCAAGACUUUGAGAGAACCAAACACAGAUUCAUUUUGAGUUGAACAUG